ACACAUGAUUUAGUCUGCAAUUCUCUUAUAUAUUUUAGUUAAACGUGCCAAGUGCAUCGAUCAUUGUUAUAAACUGCAUGGUUUGAUAUACAUGUAGCAGUGUUCAUUAAAGAAAAGGAAUACUGACUUAAUCUUCUUGGGUAUUGGGAGAGGAUACUUUCACUUCGUUGAAAAAACACCUGGUGGGUACUACGUCAUCAAAUUCUGUGCUGUAAAAGUCAGUCCGUUUCCGGUUGUAGAUUAUUUCGGAUUUAUGUGCAAGGGAAAACAUACAUACCAAAAAUGAGUUUUAAAGAACCUCAGAGAUCCCCAUUUCACAGAAACUCUCCAAAUCAUUGCAAUGACCAAGGGCGCACACAUGCUUCAACUAACAACACAGGACCUAUACCAGCGUGGGGGAGUCCUGCUGUAAGUUGUAGUCCAAGAGGCAACAUGAACAAGCCACAGGGACCUUCCUAUAACCAGCACAGUCCUCGAGGAAAAGAAUUCUCACACAAUUCACAGUUUAACAACAGCCCUAGAGGAAACAGUGCUCACAAUAAACCCUAUAAUAUGAGCCCUAGAGGAAACAGUGCUCAAAAUAAACCUUAUAAUAUGAGCCCUAGAAACAAUUCAUUUAGCACACCAAGUACAACACACAAUAAUUUUUCUAGUCCAAAUGAUGUCUUUAAAACACCACAGUCACCUCUAAACAGAAGUUAUACAUCACCAGGAGCAUAUAACGGUUUUAAUAGUAAUGGGAAAAGAUCAUACAAUCAACGUUUCCAGCAGAAUUCAAGACGUGGCGGAUUUAAUUCACAAAGAGGCGGCAGUUCAAUAGAGAAUUAUUAUCAUUUUAGUAUGAUUGAAGACCCUUGGAAAAAUACAUCCCCAGUACUUGUAACAACAAGGUCUUGACAAAGAAAAAAGUAUUUUAUUCAAAAUGGUCCCUUACUUUGUGUAAGGGUUUUUAGUUAGGCAGCAGGCCUGUUAUUGUGCCAAUCAUCUGUCACAUAGUUGCAUUAACCUUGUUGAAGCUAAAAAUAUUAUCAAGAAUACAUAGUUGGAAGAAAAAAAUAAGAAAAGUUUAAUCAUCACCAAUUAAAGAAGUUUCUGUAAACCAAAUCACCAUGAAUAUUCCAUCAUUUUAUGAGUUGACUAACUAGAAAUUUACAGGCAGCUGAAUUUUACCAUUUUAUUAGAAAAUUUAUAUUGUUUUAUAAAACUGAAGAAUUACUUUGUUGAAGACAUGAACUUUUAGCUGUAAAAUGUAUUUUAUAUUUAUAUGGAAACUUAAAUUGUUUUCAUUCAGGUUGUUUUUAUAUUAAACUACAUGUAUAACACUAUUAAAGCAUAUAGAUAAUUGAUUUUUAUACUAAAAUUUUCAUUGUUAUUUUAGUGUGUUAAAUGAUUUGAGUUUCUGUUAAAGCUUAAGCAAAAUUCCACAUUUACUAUAAUGCCAUUUCAUGCCUGACAAGAUUUUGUGAGGUGGAAGAAUCUGGUUUUAAAAUGAUCAAAUUGCCUUUUUAUGUUGUUUUAUUUUAGGAAAUUUUAAUAUUGAACACAGUCUAAAGAAUGGACAAAUUAAACCUUUUAUACUAUUGUGUCAUAGAAAGAAAUUUCAUGAAACAAUCCAGUAUUAUGUUUGAUAUUUUGACUAAAUCAUAUUAAGACUUUUAUUUGAGAGAUUUUGGGGAUCAUUGCACUCACUGUUUAGGAAUUAGGGGCCAAAAAGGGACCAAAAACAAUACUUUUCUAUAUUUCUUAUUUCUUGACCAAUUUCAAUGUAGUUUUAUUCUUAAAUUCUUAGGAUUCUUUAAUAUGCUGAAUCUUAUAGUGUAUAAGGUUUUUGUAUUAUUGGCCCUGUUUUUAGCUCACCUGUCCUGAAGGGACAAGUGAGCUG